AUGAACUUCGACGGCGGCACCGCCUAUGCCGAGUCAGACGCCGACGACGAGUACGAGCGAGAGUUUCACGGAAGCUCCCCGAUUGAUGCUACCGAUGUUGAAACGUCUCCCAUCGACUCGGACCCGCCCUCGACCGAGCACACGCCUACAACGUACGGCGGCUACCGCUCCACCGCAGACAGGCUACCCGAGACCAUUAUCUCGGAAUGGACUGCCGAAGAGUGCGCAGAUUUCAUUGCCACCAUCGGUGUGCAGCAGUAUGCAGACAGGUUUAUAGAAAACGAUAUUGUCGGCGAGGCCCUGGUUGCCCUCCAGCAUGACGAUCUCAAGCAGAUGGGCAUCACCAGCGUUGGCCACCGACUGACGAUACUAAAGUCCGUAUACGAUGUGAAAAAGGCGCAGGAUGUGCCUAUCGAGAGCGACCACUAUACGCCUCUAACCGCCGAGACCGAAGCCCAGUCUGCGAAUGCGACGCUAAAGGACAUAAAGCAUCUCGUGGAGCAGCUCCGCCUUCGAGAUGAGCGGAUGAGCUUGUUCGAGCAGGACCUCCGGAGGCUGACGGAAGACUUUAGAAGGCUGCGAGAAGACAUGCUGCCGGCGCUACGGCUUGUCAAGGACGCUCAGCAGCCUUUACCAAACGUCAACAAUGGUCCCACAUACGAGGCCAGCAUAUCUCCUCCAGCGCCAACGCCCUCUGCACCCGGUCAGUCAGGCGGCGGUCUGAAGCGGCAGUGGUCGACCAAGAAGAUUACGAUAGGAGCCACUCCGAAGGCCGCCUCGCCCACACAUCUCCAGACAACGCACAACCCGUCAAUAAUCGAGCAGACGCUCGACCCUUCAAGCGCGGCGGAAAGAGCCGUCAUGUCUUCGUCGCACCUUGCGGCGAUGAACGGAUCGAACACCGCCGCGCCGUCCCCGUCGUAUCCAUCCCCGAACAUGCCUUCCCCUACAUCGCCGCCUACCACCGUAAUGUCGGGUACUACUCUUGCAAAUCGUUCAUAUCGGUCAGACCAGGCUACGCCAUCAAGCCGGUCCACAUUUGCCGAGAACGACCACUACAGCUCACGCGAUAAGGCUGCCGCUCCCCGCAGGAUGCAGACGCCGGCGCCCGAUACCCCGAGCGCGAGCAACGCAUCGGUCGAGAUAUUCAAGUCGUUCCGCGUCAGCAUGGAUGAUCCCUGCUACAAAGUGUUGCCUGCAGCGCUCAAAAAAUACCAGAUCAACGCGCCGUGGGACCAGUAUGCCUUGUACAUUGUCUACGGCGACCAGGAGCGAUGUUUGGGGCUAGACAAAAAACCAUUGAUCCUGUUUAAGCAACUGGACAAGGAAGGGAAGAAGCCCAUGUUCAUGCUUAGGAAAACGAACAAUGCACAAGUCGACCUGUCGGUCGAGGCACCAGGGAGCGCCGGCUUGGGCGCCACCGCCCGCGGGACCGCAACCGGCUACGACCCCCCUGGCGGCAUCAUUUGA